UAUUGGAGCCGCAUUAAGCAGGAACAGGACGGUACAGAGAUCAGCAAAGUAUAAUUUGUUCACGAAGAUAGCUUGGGGCAAAGAUGAAGCUCGAGGUUGAAGUAAUGUCCAAAGAGAUUAUCAAGCCAUCAUCCCCAACCCCUGAUCAUCUUCGCCAUUACCAACUCUCUUUUCUUGAUCAAAUAUCUCCUCCCGUCUAUAACCCUUUGGUUCUAUUCUACCCGAUGACCAAAUGCAAUAUCCAAGUAAACAAAACCAAGAUUACCGACCACCUUAAACAGUCCAUGUCCAAUGCCCUAUCCUAUUUUUACCCACUAGCCGGACGGAUUAAGGAUAACCAGCUUGUAGACUGCAAUGAUGAGGGCAUACCCUUGGAAGCCCAAGUCAAGUGCAAACUUUCAGAUAUCCUAGAAAACCCUGCUCCUAGUGAACUCAACAAAUUACUUCCCUUUGUACUAGAUGAUGCUGAGGAAUUGCCCCUAGGAAUCCAAUUCAACGUUUUUUAUUCUGGAGGCAUAGGUAUUGGUGUGUGUAUUUCUCACAAACUUGCAGAUGCCCUGUCGUUUUUCACAUUUGUGAAUACUUGGGCAGCCAUUGCUCGUGGAGAGAGUUACAUAGUGUCUCCAGAAUUUGCAUCGGCCAAAUUGUUCCCUCCAAAGAGCACAUUAGGGUUUGACCCGAGAACUGGCAUAUCAACAGAAAGAAUUGUAACGAAGAGGUUUGUGUUUACUGCCUCCAAAAUACAGGAAAUCAAAGCAAAAUACACUAAGAGUACUGCAAGUGCCGAAAACCAAAAAGGCCCAUCACGCAUUGUGGCAUUAUCAGCUUUCAUAUGGAGUCGUUUUGUUGCUGCAACCAAAGCAAAACCAAUCCCUGAUAACUGCUUCCACACAAUCAUUCAUGCAGUAAACUUACGCCCAAGAUUAGAACCGCCGCUAACAGAACAUUCUUUUGGAAAUUUUUACCGCGUUGCGAUGACAGUUCCAUCCAUAAACUCUGAAGAAGAUUGUUGUAGUCUCGUUUACCAGAUAAGGGACUCCAUAAGAAAACUUGACAUGGAAUAUUGUAGGCAACUUCAAAAUGGGCAGAGUCACUUGGACGUCAUGAAAGAGAGCACUGAAAGUUUCAUUAGAGGAGAGAUGGUUUCCUUUAGCUUCACUAGUUUAUGUAGGUUUCCUAUGUAUAAAGCUGACUUUGGUUGGGGGAAACCUAUUUGGGUGAGUUCCGCGAGCCUUACUUUUAAGAAUCUAGUAGUUUUCAUGGAUACUGUAUCUGGGGAUGGAAUAGAGGCUUGGGUCAGCCUAAAAGAGGAAGAUAUGGCUAUGUUAAGCGAUGAAGUAUUACUCGCAUAUGUUGUGUUCCCUAAGAGGCUGCUAAAGAAUUUAAACUUCUUAUCUUUCUACCAAGUGAAGUUGAUCGAUAUUUGCAGUAUUUGUUUAGUGACAAUAUCGGCUUCGACGUAUCGGGGUUUUUUAAUCUUAAACUAUUUUAUUUUUUAUUUUCUUUCUUUUUUUUUUGUCAGAAAGAUUCUAAUUUUCUCUUGCAUAUUAUGGUGCAGAUGUACAUUAUUUGUUUUUCUUUUUCUUUUACGUUAGGAAAAGAGUUGUUUUUUUUU